AUGUCUGGCUCUCCGCGGGCAUGCACCAAGCUUUACAUCGGUCGAAAUCUUGGUCUCCUUGCUGUCGGCCUCAAAAUGGAUAGCAAUAUUCUCACUGGUGUGGCGAUAUAUCUCAAGGUUUCUGGGAAUGGCUCUGCUGCUGCAAGCACGCUAGAUUCAUUUGCCCUGUUCUCGGCCCAGGCGAUAAAUCUCAAGCAGACCAAUGAAUUUCCCGUUCUAUUUUUGUCAGCUGCAGUAGCCUUGGUCCAAGGUGCAAUUACUCUCCCCAAGGGCCCACGGUACCGGAACUGGCUGGUUCUGCUUUUGUUGAUUCCACUUGCAGGCAUUGUGCGUCAGGAAGCGUCCCUGGACCUUGGAUACUCCCUCUAUGACGGAACGGUUGGGCGUGUUGGAGAUGUCCCAAUCCACCCUAUCCAACAACUCGCAUCCGAGGCUCUGAAAAAGCACAAGGACAUGGUGGCAAGCCAAUCCAAAACUCUCAGCGCUGCCAUUAAAGAAUAUGAACGCCGAUAUGGCCGAAAGCCUCCUCCUGGAUUUGACGUGUGGUAUGAAGCUGCGACACAGGAAGGUUUUAUUCUUGUUGACGAAUUCAAUUCAUUGAUGGAAGGGCUGAAGCCAUUCUGGGGUGUUCCUCCCGUUGUGCUUCGUACCCGUGUGGCUGCAGCAACGCAGAUCCCAGGUUCAAGGCUCAUCCGCUAUUCUGUGAGAAAUCGUAAUCUGAUGGCCGAAAAUGACGGUGAGGCUACUUGGAUCACAGACCAGCUAAGGUUUUGGUUCACUCCUGAAAUAUUGGAUACGGUACCUGAUAUCAUGUUCGCCCUUAACUUACUUGACGAGCCAAGGGUCGUGGCUCCCUACGACGAAUUAGUGGAGGCUCAAUCUGCAAGUAAAUCGAAUGACUCGGCAGAACACUCAGAGUCGUCCUCGGAUAGAACCAUCAGAUUCGAGAAGGCAAAUUCCAACACCGGCCUGUGGGAUAGCAUGACAUUAUCCUGUGACCCGAAAUCUGCAGCUAGAAAAGGCCCAAGCAGAUUCAAGCUCCCCCACAAGGGCCUAACUAGCAGCUUCGUCUCCAACACGAGCAUUGCCCGAGAUGUCUGCUCCAUGCCAGAUCUCCAGGUGCAGCAUGGGUUUUUUAUUGCCCCCGAAACGGCAAGUCUAGCACAUUCGAUCGUCCCCAUCUUCUCACAGGCCAGGCCUUCAAGUUUUCAAGACAUUCUUUUGCCGAGUGUAUACUAUGGUGCGAAGCUAGAGGCGCAUGAAUACAAGGAAGGCCAGGAUAUGCCGUGGGAUGAGAAAGAAAACAUCGUCCAUUGGACCGGAUCUUCAACAGGUGGUCAUACCAACAGUAAAAACUGGCACACCUUUCACCGUCAACGACUGGUGCUCGCAACCUCCAACAAUGCUACCAGGAUUAGUCUUAUGAAAAAGGUCCCUGGACACCAUUCGAAGGACGGUAACACUACAUCCACUUGGCGCACCUAUACGUCUAAAAUGGGACAGAUUACGUCCAAGUUCAAAAUCCGAAUCUCAGCCGUCAUCCAAUGUGAAGACGAUGCAUGUGAUGCGCAGGAAGCCGCCUUCCGACCAGAUGAAUACCCAGAGGAGGAUUUUCAAGCAACGUAUCGAGCACGAUAUAAUUUAGAUGUGGACGGCAACGGUUUCAGUGGCCGUUACCUUCGUGGUCUCUUGUCCAACUCUGCCAUGAUGAAGCAAACAAUCUUCAACGAAUGGAUUGAUGAUUGGUUGACGCCCUGGGUCCAUUAUAUACCCGUUAAUAUGGACUUGGUGGAAUUCCCUGAGCUAAUACGCUUCUUUACCUCCGAGCCUGAGGGACAGGAGAUUGGAAAGAGGAUUGCGAUGGCAAGUAAAGACUGGUCGCGGAAGACGAUUCGGAGAGAAGAUUUAAAACUUGCCCUGUGGCGGGUAAUGUUGGAAUAUGCACGUGUUAUGAGGGAUGACAGGGACUCUAUACAUUGCUGUUCUUGA